AUGCAAGCCACCCUACUAAUCCUUCUCCCUCUCUGCCUCUCAGGUUUACCACACGCCUCAUACUUCCCCUACGAUACCCUCGAAGCCACGGUCGCCCGCCCGCAGCGACUGCAGCCCACCAGCGACAAGGAUGCCAUCCCAGACCGAGUCGUCGUCCCUAAACAAAGCGAAAUCACCGACCCUCGACUCCGCAUCGAUUUGACAACCGCCCUUCAAUACGGUACCGCCGAGGGUUACCCUGCUUUGCUCUCGUUUCUGCGACAGUUCACCCGGGACCAUCUUCAUCCGAACGUCCCCUACACCGGAGGACCCGAGGUUGUGCUUACUUGCGGAAACACUGAUGGCUUAUCCAAGGCUGUCGACCUCUUUACCAAUGUCUGGAAUCCCGGUCGUGACUGGAUCCAGCAGCGGGAAGGUAUCCUGUGCGAAGAGUUCGCUUACAUGAACGCUAUCCAGACCGUCAAACCGCGGGGUUUGAAUGUGAUUAGUGUCGCAAUGGACGGACAGGGUAUGUGUGCUUCCGGGAAGGGUGGCUUGGCCGACGUGCUAGAGAAUUGGGAUUUCCGGCGCGGUCGCCGGCCACAUUUAAUGUAUACCGUGACCAUUGGUCAAAAUCCUACUGGUGGUACGCUAUCAGUUGAGCGUAGGAAGGAAAUCUACGCUCUCUGCCAGAAGUAUGACGUGAUCAUUGUCGAGGAUGAACCAUACUGGAAUUUGCAAUUCCCCUCGGCAUAUGAGAAAGAAGCUCGUCAUCGUGGCUCAUCUCAUGAACCCGGUCCUGGCGUUCGGAACUACAAUGAAAACGGCAGGUCCUCGGGCUAUGAGUUCUUGGAUUCAUUGGUUCCCUCGUAUCUAUCCAUAGAUACCGAGGGCCGUGUAGUGAGACUAGACACUUUCUCCAAAACUGUCGCCCCGGGUAGUCGUCUUGGUUGGAUGACCGCACAGCCGGCUGUCAUCGAGCGAAUCACUCGAAUUACUGAGACCUCAACCCAACAACCAUCAGGCUUUGUCCAAGCACUGGUUGCCGAAAUGAUCAUGGGAAAGCAAGACGGCCCCAACGGAGCCCGCGUCUCCAAAAAGAAGACGGCCAAGGCUGGCACAUGGACGGCUGGGUGCGUUGGCUAG